UUGUUUUUUUCUCUUUCUCUCUCGAUUCCGAUGUCAUCAUUAUCAAGUAUUUCGCCAUCAUCAUCAUCAUCGUCGCCAUCAUCGUUGUUGUUGAUAAAAAUUUCGAUCAUUUUAAUAACGAAUGGGUGAUCAACAACAACAACAACAACCAUCAACUUCGGGUAUAACAAACAUAACCGAAUCACAGGAUAAUAUGAAUGUAAUGGCAUCGAUAAAUGCAUCUUCAACAGCGGCAACUACGACAGCAGUGACAACAACCACUAUGGAUCAAUCUGGAUGUCAUAUUGAUGAUGAAUUUUUAAAUACAGGUCGUACUGGUAGACGUAAUGCAUUAGGUGAUAUAUUGGAUGAAAAUUCUGCAUAUCUAACAACAGCUGAAUUACCUGAUCAACUUUCAUCAUUAUCAUUUGAAUCAUCCGGAGGAGGUAAAGAUCAAUCAUGUUCAUUACAAUCAACGCCUUCAACAUCCAAUUGUCAUCAAUCAUCAUCAUCAUCAUCUUGAAGAAAAUGUCAAAAUAGUCAUAACGAGCAACAAACAAUUGAUCACACAUUUGUAUCGAAAUAGUUGAAUUGUUGUUGUU